AUCAACCGAUAAUGACUCACUUUUUCCAUGAAGCAGUUCAACGCAAUUCACCGACAAGGUGAAGGUAACAACGUCGACGACGGUAACGACCGUUGAAACGGGAAACUCGACCCCAAUAUCGCAAUGACGUCCAACGGGCAAAAGUUCCUCCUGCUUCUGGAGAAAAACUGGAUCAUCCAGAAGCGACACUAUCUGCAGACGCUUUUCGAAAUUCUCAUUCCGGUACUGUGCUGUUCGAUUUUGCUGCUAGUUCGCGGUCUUGUGGAUCCUGAAUACGUCGAAAAGACCACUGUUUUCGAUCCUUUACCUACGGAUUCUAUCAUCAAUCGGUUUCCAGUUAUCAAUGGCGAACGAGUUGAUCACCGGCUGGCCUACUCCCCGCAGAAUGUUCUACUGGACCGUAUUAUGGCCGAUGUCUCUGAAGCGUUGAACAUAUCAGUAGUCGGUUACCCGAAUGCUCAGACCAUGGAGUCCACCCUCAUGGGCCAAAACCUGCUGGCUGGUGUUGAGUUCGGUGAUUCCCUAUCGGACGCAACCAGCCUUCCGGAAAAGCUCAGCUUCGCGUUACGAUUCCCGGCUGAGCUCCGAUACUCCGCCGGACUGCUAUCGGACUGGGAAACUCGCCUGCUCAUGGUGCCGUUCACGCCUCGUCUACGCAAUCCCUACUCGGAUGACGGAGGAGCUCCCAGCUACUACAACGAGAACUUCCUCUCGGUUCAGACGGCAGUUUCCAAAGCCAUCAUCCGGGAGCGUAGUCCCGCCGCCGAUAUGCCCCAGGUGUUCAUUCAGCGCUUCCCUUAUCCGCCGUACUACGAUGACCCGAUCCUGCAAGCCAUGGAGCAACUGCUGUCCACGGUUAUCCUGUUGUCAUUUUUCUACACCUGUAUCGUAAUGGUGAAGCACAUUGCCAUCGAGAAGGAACGGCAGCUCAAGGAAGCGAUGAAGAUCAUGGGCCUGCCGAACUGGCUGCACUGGGCAGCGUGGUUCGUCAAAAACAUUUUACUGCUGGUGAUUGCCAUAUCGCUGAUUACGUUGCUGCUUUGUGUCUCUAUCAACGGCACCGCCAUUCUGGAGUACUCGGACUGGACUGCAGUAUGGUUCUUCCUGUUCGUCUACAGCAUCGCUAUCAUCUGCUUCUGUUUCAUGAUGAGCGUCUUCUUCAACAAAGCCAACAUCGCAUCCGGCAUAGCAGGUCUGAUGUGGUUCGUGUUCGUGAUGCCGUACAACGUGACUGCGCAGAACUACGAUGGAAUGAGCACCGGCAGUAAGGUCGGGUUGAGUUUGUUCUUCAACAGUGCGAUGUCGUUUGCGAUGACGAGUACCCUUCGCAUGGAAGCCAACCAGGUGGGACUGCGGUGGAGCAGCUUGUUCACGCCGGCCACGAUCGACGAUGGAUUCAGCGUGGGAACGGCCAUCAUCAUGCUUCUGGUGGAUGCUGUGAUCUACUUGGCGAUCGCUCUGUACGUGGAACAGGUCAUGCCGGGUCAGUUCGGAGUGGCCAAACCGUGGAACUUCUUGGUCAAGAAGGAAUUCUGGACCAAGAAGGGACCCAAGGUGGAGGAUGUUCCUCGAAGAGUACUUGAAAGACAGAAUUCAAGGUACUUCGAGGCGGAACCCAGCUCUACGAAUGCAGGUAUUCAAACGGUCAACCUACGUAAAGUAUUCAGCGGAAACAAGGUGGCGGUUGAAGGUUUGAACGUCAAGAUGUACGAGGAUCAGAUCACAGUCUUGCUUGGCCACAACGGAGCAGGUAAAACCACCACAAUGUCCAUGCUCACGGGAAUGUUUUCGCCUACUUCCGGAACUGCGUAUCUCAAUGGGCAUGACAUUCGAACGAAUAUUGAAGGAGUUCGACAAUCGAUGGGGCUGUGUCCUCAGCACAAUGUACUUUUUGACGAGAUGACCGUCUCAGAACAUCUGAGAUUCUUCGGUAGACUUAAAGGAGUUCCGAAGGUAUCUCUCGCUGAUGAAAUUGACAGGUAUUUAAAGAUGUUGGAGCUGUUGGACAAGAGGAACGCCCAAUCGCAAACGCUGUCCGGUGGUAUGAAGCGUAAGCUGGCAGUAGGAAUCGCACUUUGCGGAGGUUCCAAAGUCGUUCUGCUGGACGAACCGACCUCAGGAAUGGAUCCUUCGGCACGCAGAGCUCUUUGGGAUUUGCUCCAAAAGGAGAAAAAGAAUCGUACGAUGCUGCUGUCAACGCACUUCAUGGACGAAGCGGAUGUCCUGGGUGAUCGAAUCGCGAUCAUGGCGGACGGAGUCUUGAAGACGGUUGGGUCGCCGUUCUUCCUCAAAAAGACCUUCGGCGUUGGAUACCGCUUGAUUUGCGUGAAGGGACCAUAUUGCAACAGGGAUCUGUUGUGUCAGAUUUUGAGGAGCUACAUUCCGGAUGUACGAGUCGAAACUGAUAUUGGAUCGGAACUGUCGUUUGUGUUAAGGGAAAGCUACAUUGGAGUAUUCCAAAAAAUGCUGGAAGAGUUGGAGCGUCGAAUGACCGAAUGUGGAAUCACCAGUUUUGGAAUUUCUCUAACUACGAUGGAGGAGGUGUUUUUAAAAGCCGGAAGUGACACAUUAUUGGAUACAGAAAACUCAAACGGUACUGCAAUUGAUACGACUAAUCGAAACUAUUCGUUGAACAACAUGAACCUCUUGACGGGAAACGACCUGUUGUUCAGUCAAAUCAAGGGUCAAUUCUUGAAGAAGAUGCUAUCUUCGCUUCGCUCGUGGGGCACACUGAUUAUCCAGAAUGUGAUUCCCAUUUUCUUCGUUAUUAUGUCUUUUGUGAUUGUUCAAAGCAUUUCCAAAGACCAAGAUCUACCACCGUUGAAGAUAAGCAUGGAUUCCUACAAAGACACUGUGACUGUAUUGGAAGGUGAUUCGGCAGUGGAUACCAGAGUACAGGCCUAUCAGAACAUAUUUAAGGCCAUAGGUGGAUCACAUCGGCUGGAGAAGGUCCCUAAUACGGUGCCAGAGUUUAUCCUGGAGAAGUCCAAAACGGCAAUCUCCGAAGUCAACGUACGCUACCUAGUUGGAGCCACCCUCAACGAUACUGCUUACACCGGUUGGUUCAACAACAAAGGCUACCACACCGCUCCGUUAGCGUUAUCGCUGGUCUACAACGCCAUCAUGACCGCCGAGUGUCCAACUUGUGAAAUAACAGUCAUCAAUAAACCUCUCCCAUACCAGCUGAAGACUACACUAUCCAUCGUCAAUACCGGACUCAACGCCGGAUUCCAACUUGCUUUCAACACCGGGUUUGCCAUGGCCUUCGUCGCCGCUCUCUUCAUACUGUUCUACAUCCGCGAAAGAACCUCUCGUGCCAAACUGCUGCAAUACGUCAGCGGAACGAACAUCGCUCUCUACUGGGUCGUCGCCUUCAUCUGGGACUACCUCAUGUUCAUGGUGACCUGUCUGCUGUACAUUGCGACACUCGCCAUCUUCCAAGAAGAAGGUUGGUCGUCCUUCGAAGAGCUUGGCCGUGUAUUCCUCUUGCUGAUGCUGUUUGGAGUGGCGUUCCUUCCAACCACCUAUCUCUGCUCGUUCCUGUUCGCCGUUCCGGCCACCGGUUUCGUUGUAGUCAUGUUGAUCAACAUCGCUUCCGGUGCGAUAUUCUUCACCGCCGUCACCUUGCUCAAGUUCGAUGGCAUUGAUCUGGACGACAUUGGCAACGCUCUCGAGUGGGUCUUCAUGUUCUUCCCGAACUUUGUACUGACGCAUGGAUUGAACAACAUCAACCAGAUCACUAGUACUAACAUAUUCUGCAAGAAGCAGUGCGACGUUUUGGAAGGAUGUACAAUGGAAAACGUUUGCAAGUUGAAUGCACGGUGCUGCGUUCCAGAUGUGUUCUCCUUCGAAGAGCUCGGAAUCAAUCGCAACCUGCUGUUCCUUGCUUUCGUCGGAGCGUCAUCGUUUUGUGUGAUCCUGGCGUUGGAAUACCGUUUGCUACAUAGACUCAUCGAUCUUGUGUUCAAACGCAAGAAUCCUUGGACUCCUGCACCACUUGAUGAAGAUUCGGACGUUUCGGCUGAGAAGAAACGCGUUCAAGCAAUGUCUUCCAUCGAUCGUAACCAGUACAGCUUGGUGAUGAAGGACUUGACGAAGUACUACAAAAGCUUCCUAGCGGUGAACAACCUCUCGGUGGCGAUCGAUCGUUCAGAGUGCUUCGGACUGCUGGGAGUCAAUGGAGCUGGCAAGACCACAACGUUCAAGAUGAUGACCGGAGAUGAGAGCUUUUCAUCCGGAGAAGCGUGGGUUAAAGGUGUAAGCUUAACAACCAACAUGAGCACUGUUUAUCAGAAAAUUGGCUACUGCCCGCAAUUCGAUGCACUGCUAGACGAUCUUACAGGACGUGAAACGCUUAAGAUGUAUGCGCUGCUGCGAGGAGUUCGCCCCGUAGACGUCGGUAAUGUAUCGCUGACACUGGCGGAAGACCUGAAUUUCCUGAAGCACAUCGACAAGAAGACAAAGGAGUACAGCGGAGGAAACAAGCGAAAGUUGAGCACGGCUUUGGCCUUGAUGGGCAAUCCAUCGGUUGUGUAUCUGGAUGAACCGACGACCGGCAUGGACCCGGGAGCGAAGCGCCAGUUCUGGGACAUGAUCUGUAAAGUGAGGAGUUCGGGCAAAUCGAUCGUACUGACGUCGCACAGCAUGGAGGAAUGCGAAGCGUUGUGCACUCGGUUGGCAAUCAUGGUUAAUGGAGAGUUCAAGUGUUUAGGUUCAACUCAGCAUUUGAAGAACAAAUUCUCCAAGGGCUUCCUGUUGACCAUUAAGGUUAACAAGUCGGAGGACGUCCAGGAUCAGGAGCGAAGGACUGGCCUGGUGAAGUCAUUCGUGAUGAAUCAGUUUGGCGGAGCGGUAUUGAAGGAAGAGUACCAAGAUUCGCUGAGCUUCCACGUUCCGCAAUCUGAUCUCAAGUGGUCAGCUAUGUUCGGAUUGAUGGAGUCCAACAAGACUCGGUUGAAUAUUGAAGAUUACGCAUUGGGGCAGACCUCUUUGGAACAGGUGUUCCUGUUCUUCACGAAGUAUCAAAGGAUAGUCUGAGCAGCUGAUCCGUUUCAAAUUUAUAUACUUCACUUAUUUUUUAUUUAUUGGAGGAUUUAAUAUACAUGAAUCUUGUUGUUGUUAGUAUUAUA